AAAUGAAAAAAUAAAAGAGAAGUCCAUUAUCCAUAGGCAUAGAGAAGAAAGCUUAAGCUGUAUUUUCACGCUUUAUCUCCAUAAAAAUCAUUCAGCUCAACUUUCCCAAAUUCGUCUAGGGUUAUCCCCCUUUUUCCUCCGUUUUCUAUUGUCACUGAGGAGCUGCUCAUUCAGUUAAUUUUCCUAUAUGGAUUCGCGGGGCGUGGCUUUGGAGCCUUGAAUCUGCUUCAUUUAUGACGACUGAUCUCGUGAAUUUCCGCCGAUUCCGAUUCUCCAGGUAUCAGUGUACUGAUUUUGAUACCCCUUAUUUAUAACUGCUAACAACCCUGGAGGUUAUAUCACAAUCCAUGUUGCCUGACGGUUAGGGGGUUUUAUGGAUGGUGUUAAGACGGCUACACGGCUCAAGGGCUCUUGGUGUUAUUGGCUGAUACAGUUUGCUAUCUGGCUGUGUAACCUUAGUGAUGUGCUGGCUCUGAAGAUGCUAGCCCCCAGUGAUGUCUCUUCAGCAUCUUUGCUUGCUAGCCCACCUAAAAGUGGUAUUUUUAAACCCAUAGACGCAUCACCGGCUGUCAUUCCACAUUAUUCAUUCCCGGGUGGUUCUUUGCCUCCAAUGUAUCCCACUUAUCCAAGCACCUACGAGCCAGUCUUGACUGGACGGUGCCCUGUAAAUUUUUCUGCCAUUUCAAGUAUCAUGGAGAUCACAGCGUCGGACUGCAUCCACCCAUUAGCAGGAGUAGUAGCAAAUGUUAUAUGCUGCCCUCAGUUCAAUAGUUUGCUUCACAUAUUCCAGGGAUUCUAUAGUACCAGUUCUGAUAAUCUAGUUUUACAAAAUGCAGUCGCAGACGAUUGUUUUAAAGACAUUGUCAGUAUAUUAGCGAGCAGAGGAGCAAACAAUUCGAUACCUAUAAUAUGCUCUGCGAAAUCUAAGAAUCUGACUGGUGGCACCUGUCCUGUUAAGGAUGUAACCACUUUUGAGAAAACUGUGAACACAAGCAAAUUAUUGGAUGCAUGCAGUACAAUAGAUCCUCUUAAGGAAUGCUGUCGGUCGAUUUGUCAGCCAGUUAUUAUGGAGGCUGCCCUCAAACUAUCUGGAGUUCAAUCAUUCAUGAAUGAUAAUAAAGAUGCAGUUGGACUUUCUGAUCACGUUGACACAAUUAGUGAUUGCAAAGGAGUGGUUCUUUCAUGGAUUUCAAGUAAACUUCCUCAUGAAAAUGCAAACAAAGCAUUCAGAAUAUUGUCUGCUUGCAAGGUUAAUAAAGCUUGUCCUUUGGAUUUGAAACACCCUAAAGAGGUAAUUGAUGCAUGCCGCAAUGUUGCUGCACCGAGUCCAUCAUGUUGCAGCUCACUAAAUACUUACAUAGCAGGAAUACAGAAACAAAUGCUGAUAACAAACAAGCAAGCAAUUAUAUGUGCAACCAUGUUUGGCGCCAUGCUGCAGAAGGCUGGAGUGAUGACAAAUGUUUAUGAGCUUUGUGAUGUGGACUUAAAAGACUUUAGUCUCCAAGCGUAUGGACCUGAAGGAUGUUUGCUCGGGAGCCUUCCUGCAGACAUGAUAUAUUAUAACUCAUCUGGAUUCAGCUUCACUUGUGAUUUACGGGACAAUAUUGCAGCACCAUGGCCAUCAUCAUCGUCCAUCACAUCAAUGUCACUUUGCGCUCCUGAGAUGUCGUUGCCUGCACUACCUACAUCGCAGAAUUUGGGCAAUCCUGGGUGCCGAGGAGUCGGUGCGGAUCUCUUUGUUUCCCUUCUUUCGAUUUUUGUCAGUGCAAUACUGUUGAGCUUAUCUAUGUGAAGAAGGGUUUAAAUUUGUGUCUUGGGAUGGGAAGAGCGUAGGUGUAUAUGUUAAGCUUGUUUCAUGUAGAGUAGUAAUAGAUUUGUUUCUCUCUUUCUUUUCAUUGUUCCUUUUUUUGUUAUUAUGACAUCAUUUUUACUUUUGUUUUUAAAUUAGUUAUUCUCUUAUCUUUUUUUUGUUUA